UUGCUGCUAUGGUCUAGUCAUGCCGUGGGGCUGCUCUACCAUCAUGCCGUGGUACAGAAUGUAUCGUGCGCCAUAUAUGCGGCAGCCCCUCGCACUUGUAAAUUCUUUGACGUCGGGAAUAAGCUAGUAUGUCUACACACGCUAAUUCCGGCCUCAACUCGCGCGCGCAGCGAUAUAAGACGCUGCAGACGCCAUCGAUGCGACAUUAAAUCAUUAGCAUUGGUCUGCGUCGUAGCUGCAUCACUCACGCUUGCUCACACCUGCAACAAAUGUCCCUACUGCAUAAGGCGAUGAUGCUCCUGACAAUCGCGCGCGCGCGAGGCUUUGCUGCACGCGCCGCGGUGCGCGCGCCGACGACGCGCCUGAUGAGCGCUGCGGCGUGGGAAGCCCUGGGCCUCAACAGCGAUAUGAGCGAUCUCGUUUCAAAACAGUGGCCCGAGCCGAACGCCGUCCAGCGCGCGGCGCUGCCCGCUCUUUUAAAGCAGGAAGACGACGCCGUCGUGGGUGCCGAGACCGGGAGCGGCAAGACCCUGGCCUAUCUAUUACCGGCGGCGCAGCGCGCCGUCGCGAAUCGACGGAAGCACACGCCCUACCCCGCGGCGCUGGUGCUCGUGCCGAACCGCGAGCUCGGGACGCAGUUGCGGCGGGUGGCGGCGCGACUCGGCGCGGACACGCAGCCGCCGUUCACCGACGAAAGCAAGCUCUUCUCGCUCGAGGCGCGCCACGGCGGCGCGCUGGCGCUGGCCCUACGCGCCGGGCAAGGCGCCCGACGUUCUGGUCGCGACGCCGUCCUUCGCCGCGGCCUUUGAUCGAGAUCUGGACCUGUGGGAGGGCCUGUCGACCUUGGUGCUGGACGAGGCGGACAUGCUCUUGGACGGUGGCUUCAAGAAGCAGCUGGACCGGUGUUUAGUGGCACUGAAACGCGUCGAGCGGAGGAGGGAAGGCAAUGACGAUCUCGUGGAGGACGUGCCGGAGCGGUGCCGCCGCGUCGUCGUCGCCGCGACGCUGCCCAACCAGGGGCUGCGAAGCGUCGACGGCCUGGUGACAAAGUACUUCGCGAACGCGACGCGAUGCGCGGAUUUGCCGAUGCACGGCGUCGUCUCGACCCUAGAACAUGUGUUUGAAAGUGUACAAAGUGAUGACGAGCGCGACGCGAAAUUGAAUGACUUGCUCGAGAGCACGGAACGGACGAUGGUCUUCUGCAAGACGGCGAACCGCGCUUCUGCAGUUUCAGAGCGGCUCGCUUUGGGUGGUAUUGCGGCGGCGCCCUACACGAAGGACGUCGACCCGGAGCGGCGCCUGGCCACUUUGGAUUUGUUUGCCUCGGCCAAGAUUAAUGUCCUCGUAUGCACGGACCUGGCCGCGCGCGGGCUGGACCUGCCGGAAGUCAAAAGGGUGGUGCAGUACGACGCGACGGACGCAGCCAGCCACCUGCACCGUGUUGGGAGGGCGGCGCGCGCGGCGCCGCUGCUAGUGCCGUCUCGUUCGUCGAUUCUUCCAAUACGGACCUCGUGGCGGCGCUCGAGCGCGGCGACACGGUCGAGCACGCGUUUUCGCGGAGGCGGGGGCUGCGGAAGAAGCUGCGUAAGGAGCGGGUUUAGUCUUUUGUUGUUUUUUUUUCGUGGCCG